GGCAAUUUUGCACUGCUGAUCUCUUCCCUCUUCCUCUCCUCUAUAAACACUCCCAUUAUUCUUCCAUCAACUUCAACCCAUCAAAAUUACAAUUCUCUCUCAAGUUUUACAUGCCUCUGAGGAUCUAGCCAUGGCUCUAACCUAUAUCCAACUGCUCAUUCUUUUGCUCAGUUCAUCCAUGUUUCUUGGAGUUACAGUGGCCAGCAAAGCCUUCAACUAUGGCUCUCCUCGACCCACUUCAGAUAAUAUUCCUAACAGGAUCAUCGUUGGUGGCUCUGCAAAUUGGAGCUUCGGCUUUGACUACCCCAGUUGGGCUUUCAAGCAUGGCUCUUUCUACGUGAAUGACACUCUAGUGUUCAAAUAUAAUGUGCCGAGCGAGAACAACACUCAUCCUCACAACGUCUACUUGCUGCCGAACAUGCGAAGUUUCUUAAGUUGUAACAUCUCCAAGGGUGUGAAGAUUGCCAAUGAGUCGCAGGGAGCUGGUGAGGGGUUUGAGUUCGUGUUAAACAAGUGGAAGCCUUACUAUUUUGUCUGUGGUGCAACCGAUGGCUACCAUUGUAAUGUCGGCGGGAUGAAGUUCUUUGUUCUGCCACUGCUUCGUCGUUGGCAUUACUGAUCGGAAAACAAUACGCCGGCCGGGGAAGAGGCAUUGCUGGUUAUACAUUAGCAAUAAUAAUUUAUCAAAAUAAUAGUGGGUGUUAAAAUUAUACUUGUUUAUGGUAUUGUUUGGUUGAAGAAUUCUGUUUGAGGUAUUAGUCAAUGAAGAAGAGUUACAUUUACGGUGUAAUAUAUUUUGGAUUAGUAUUAAACUAUUAAUUUAUUAUUGAAAUUUCAACUAUUUUAAA